CGAGGUUUUAAGCAAAUCGCGAUUUCAUUGGUUGCAAUACUCAAAAUAACCGUUAGAGUCCUUUCGCCAGGUGUUGUAAAUUGUAGCAACUCCUUCGAACUUCGACGCACAGUUAGACCUUCCCAACUGCAUGACCAUUGUCUUGCACUUUGCAAAUUCCCAUGGCGUGGCAGUGCAGUGCGAGCAGCCACCGUGGCCUCAUCGAUAACCUCGUCCAGGUCGGGCUCCUCCGCACGCCAAAGGCGAUUGCUGCCAUGGCACACACCGAUCGAGGCAAUUACUGCCCCAUUUACCCCUACAUUGACGCCCCGCAGCCCAUCGGCUACGGUCAAACAAUCUCUGCACCGCACAUUCAUGCAGGUGCCCUGGAGCAGGCUAGCCCCCACCUCCACGAUGGCUCGCGCGUGUUGGACGUUGGAUGCGGCUCCGGAUACUUGAGCGCUUGCUUCGCCCGCCUCGUCGCCCCCUCCGGUCGUGUUCUCGGAAUCGACAAUGUUCCCGAACUCGUCAAUCUCGCGUUAGUUAAUACCCGCCAUGGAGACAAGGAUCUGUUGGACAAAGGCAUUCUGUCAUUCCGCCAGGGCGACGGCUGGCGGGGUGCGCCAAACGAGGGCCCAUACGACUGGAUUUAUGUGGGGGCAGCGGCAUCCCAAGCGCCCCCUGCUUUGCUGGCGCAACUCGCGGACAAGGGCAGUUUGCUGAUCCCUGUGGGCCAGCAAGGCGACGCCCAAAGUUUGCUGCAGAUCACGCGAGACGGGCCCACGUUCCACAAGGAGUAUUUGGCCGCGGUGCAAUUCGUCCCCCUCGUUCACCUAUCGUCCCCUUGAUUUCUAAUAAUAACAAACUCACUGGCUGUUGAAA